AUGCCUCCUCUUCGCAGAUCAACUCGCGUCGUCCCUCCUCGGCCUGCCCCAACCACUCGAGUCACUCGAGCCACCAAAGCAAAGAUGAUCCAGCCAAAGGAAGAUGAGACAAUUGAGGAAAAGCUUGCGCGGUACGCUGCUGAAGCUGACUUGCACGACAACCUUACUGUGCUUCCAACCCCUGCGACUUCGGUCUAUGUUAAAAACGGCCGCAUCAAUUUUGAUGAUUGCUACGUGAUGAAGUCUCAGCGCUUCGACAAGGGCAAGAUUGGCAUCAAUCACCCCAAGAUUCUCAAGGCAAGACAGCAGGGCGUACCCCCACAGGCAAUGGCGCAGAUUGAGCGCAACUGGGAGUAUAUCGACCCCAGCUUCAACCCCCCCCUCGCCGGACUCCCUGCCGAGGUUCGAUACCCGGACCGGGUGCCUCACUUCAAGUCUGGGCAGCCUGGUGCUGCCGACACCCUCUUGAAGUUCGAACAAGCGACCCGAGUUUUUCAUUGCAAGCUCCAGAGGAUGGUGUUCAACAUCCAGCAGUUCAUUCUGUCCUGCGGGGAAGUAGUCGACGAGGUUAGCGAGGACACCUCCCCGCUUGCCUUUGAGCGGGUUUUUGCUGUUCCUCGUGGCUGGUUUAUCUCUUCGGACAAGGUGUUGGCCCCCAGGGCUUAUCGGUUGAUUCCCGAUUCUGAGGACAACUUCCACAACCGCCCCUCGAUCAAUAUCCCUCUCCCCGACCACAUGAAGGCUCUCUUGGUCGAUGACUGGGAGAACGUCACCAAGAACCAGCAGCUGGUGCCCCUGCCCCACGCUCAUCCCGUCAGCGAGAUUCUGGACGACUAUCUCGCCUACGAGCGCUCUCACCGUGAGGAGGGUUCAUCUGCCUAUGACAUCUUGGACGAGACUGUUUCGGGUCUCCGCGAGUACUUUGAUCGCUGCUUGGGCCGCAUUCUGCUCUACAGAUUCGAGCGUGGCCAAUACCAUGAGAUGCACCAGUUGUGGAACUCAUCCGACCCCAACCACACUUGUGCCAGCGACACCUACGGUGCUGAGCACCUGGCUCGUCUCCUUGUCUCGCUUCCCGAGCUUAUCGCGCAGACCAACAUGGAUCAGCAGUCCGUCAACCGCCUCCGCGAGGAGCUGGAGACGUUCACAAAGUGGUUCUCCCGUCAGCAUUCUCGCUACUUCGUCAACGAGUACGAGCAGCCCGGCAAUGACUACGUGGAUGCGGCGAAGAGCACUUAGGAUAAUGCUCCUCCUUUUGCAUCCCCUAGCGCGGCGUCGUCGACCCUGUCGGAGCUCAGCUCGCCCGACUCAUCGGAUUAGAUGAUUGCGAUGCAGAGGUGCAAGCGUCUGGCAUGACAGCGAUGGAUACGGCUGAAGAGGCAGUCGUCGGGUUAGCCACUUGAGUGAGGGUAUCAGCAACCGACAUCGGCUUUUUCUUUGGUAUUUUACUUGCUACCCACGGGCAAAAGCCUUGUUCGCUCUUCAUCACUUAUCAAAGUCACCAUCUCGAUUUCGACAUCAGAGAUAUCUACUGUAUCACCACACAAACUUGAGUUUUUCCUCCACAAAUUCCUCUGGACAUAUCUGCUUCACUUCGGUGUAGCUUGGCCGCUCUUUUUCCUUGAUUAAUAUCCGAAAGAUCUGCCACUCUGGUUAGAUGCGACUAGGAUGGUCAGGGAAGAAGAGAGAGGUAGAGAGGGAAAGACUUCUUCGUCAAUCAAUUCAUCACACUGCACACCACAACGUCUUCUACACACUGCACAACACAAAAGCCCGAGUUUUUAAUUUCACCAAGCGACAUUUUCUUCCUUUUUCUCUCUGGGCUUCAUUUUUCCGUUGUUCAAGGGGGUUUAGGAUUGAUAUCAACUGGGUGGUUCUCUGGGAAGGGUUGGGUUGUCUUUUUUUUUUUUCUUUUUUUUUUUUUGUUUUCGACUAUUGUACACUUUUAGGAUCCAGGUAAUCAUCAGCUCAUCAUGACUGGGCAAGCAAGCCGUGAGGCAAAAAUAAGGCCAGUUUUUCGUUUUCGACAGGUCAAUCAGAGGGAAAGGUCUCGGUUUUAUUCACUCAGAAAGAAGCAUUUGAUAGGAGCCAGGGAAGCUGUGGUUGGUGGACAAGGAGGGUACAAGGGUGAGCUUGGACUUACUUGGGAAAACUUGCUGUGGCUUUCGGGGUUCUUGGGAUUUUUUUUAUAGAAGGGUAGGGAAGAGGCGAAUUAUAAGAGACUGUUCUCAAUUA